UCCCAGCUAACGGACUGAAGAUGUUUUCAGGAGCAUCUCAUGGUGGUUUGUCAAAGGACCUGCAGGUGCCAGAUGUCAGUUGAGGAGGAGUCAGGCUGCCAGAGCAGUGGUGUGUUCACAGCCAGACUCAUAUUUCCAGAUCAGGUUCUUUCUUUGAAGCUGAGCUACUGCUUCAGACCAGCAAGGCAACAGAGUCACACUGAGCUCUGUCUCUGCUUUCCGCUCAUCCCAGGCCAUGAGUCUGAACUCCACCUAAGACUUGUGCACGAAGGAGUCUGACUGAUGUGCAUCCUCAUGUCUCUCAUUCGUUUUCUCUCUCUUCAGUUUAUGUCCUCUCUGGCAUGAGAACCUAACAGCCUGAUAGAGGGACUCUCAGUGGAGUGUGGACAUGCUGGUCUCAGUGGCUCAUGUUGAGAACAUCUGUGCUCACCUCAAAGCAGGAGCUGAAGUGGACCGGCGGCAUUAUGGUGAUCCUUAACCAGGUCAGACAGUCAGAGUAGAGAGCUUUGUCCCUCUCAGGUCAAGAAACCCCCUCAGAUGAGAUCAGUGUUUGGAGAUUGGAGUCAAGUCAUUUCGGGUGGGAGCGACCAUGGCAGCCGUGAUGAACAGGAAGUGAUGUUAAACCAUAAGACGUUUUUUCAGAGUUUGUACAGAAGCCGUUAUAUAUUUAUACUAAUGGAACACGAAUGUUCAUGCAUAACCUGUCUUCACGUGAUGGACUAUUUUGUGUAAGCAAGUAACAUUAAUAUGUAAGUGAAGUAAUAUUAAUACAGAUUAUGAUGAAAACCAGCAUGAAUUUGAUCUUGUGAUGGGGAACUCGUCUUUGUCUUCUGCCGUCAGGAGUGGCUCGGGCUCAUUUAAGUAGUUUGCCAAACACCACUAGAUGUCACUAAGCGCUCCGGGCACUGGAAGACCUUUGUACAUAUAUACAUGAAGUUGUUUUUGAAAGUUCUGUCUGUGCAACAAAACGGAUUUUAUAAAUCGAGAUUUGCCCCCUUUCCCCAUAGGACUGGCAUAAAAACAAGAAACUAGAUUGGCCACUGCGCAUGCGCUACACAUGCCCUUUUUUUUCCUGGCGGGUAAAUGAAUCUGACAGUGCACCGACUAUGUCCCAGGUUUUCCACGUCGUGAGGUGUUUCCGGUGCCAAACAUUCCAGGUACAGCAGGUGAAGAAGGUGCCGAGGUGGAGCUGCAGGAUGUGUGGAGAGAAGCAGUCGCUGCUGAAGGAGUUUGGACGUGGCUCGGGGGCCGACUGCCGACAUCAUGUUCAGAAGCUAAACGCAGAGAGAGGUGCUGCGCUGGAGCAUCCCGCCCCGUCACCAUGGAGCAUGGAGGAGGACGAACAUGAGCAGGUCAAACACGCUGACGCACAGGUGAGCCACUGGAGCAGGUACCUGGACUCACCUGUGCAACAGGCGGAGGACGCAGCAGUCGAGAGUGGCGCCAACAGGAAGAGGACCAGCCACUCCCACUCUCCAGACCGUGGAGGGGAAAAGCAGCCACCUGGUGGACAGACACGAUCCCUCCUUCCGCUGUCCUCCAUGUUUGACACCGGCGAUGACUUUAGCCUUGACCUUUGACCCAUAUUUCAACCAGUGGAUUUUUCUUAAUUACAUGAUGGCAAGCAUUAGUGACAGAGGGAGGCCCUCAGGCAUGUGAUGUCAUAUGGCUGGAAGGAGGGAGGCGUGUCAGGUCAAAGUGUGACUGGGUCGCUCGACACAACAAUCUCCAGACCUACCAUGAAGGUGGAAUCCUUCAAGAGUUUCAUGGCCAUGUUCGACUCAGUCUGGGUAGUGAAGGUCACAAGGUCACCGUCCUCAUCUGAAAUAAAGGUUGUUCUGA